UUCUAAACAGGAUUUGGAUCAUUACAGUGACGGGUAGUUUCGACUGCGACGCUCCGCCCACCCAAGGGGCGGCACCACCUUUUAUUUAGGACACGGAGCAGGAACAGGAGGGAAGUGUUGGUGGAGUUGGUGAAGAUGUGAAAGUUUCUGCGGUCAGAAGAAGCUGUUUUACAGGUUUACCUCUCACAUUAAAAAACAAAAAAAUGAGUGAUUUGGGGAAAAAGAAAGACAGAUCAGUCUCCAGCUCUGUGUCUGUGAAGAGUGACCAGUCCAAAGAUGAUCCUGGACCAGGACCCUCAGACUCUGAAGAGAACAGUGAUGUUUCUGUGGAGGAGCAGCUGUACUGCUGUUCUUUGUGUCAGGACGUCCUGAAGGAUCCAGUCUCUACCAGCUGUGGACACUGGUUCUGCAGACGGUGCAUCACCUCAUAUUGGGACCAGUCUGGUCCAUCAGGAGGCUCCUCCUGUCCCCAGUGUGGACAAAGAUCCAGAACAAGACCUGGACUGCAGACAGCCAGUCAGACCAGCACUAUACAAGCAGAUAGUGGUCUGCAGGAGGUUUUAGAUGAACAUAAGAUCAGUCUGAGGAGGAGAUGUGAACGUGUGACUGAAGGAACUGAUGGAACAGGAAGUAGAACCCUCCUCAACAGGAUCUACACUGAGCUCUACAUUACAGAUGGACUGUGUGAGCACGGCAAGAUGAUUGAGCACCCUGACACUCAUGUCAGGUGCCAGGAUGUCUUUAAAGACUUACCUGACCAACAGAGACACAUCAGAGUGGUUCUGACCAACGGUGUCGCUGGUGUUGGAAAAACCUUCUCAGUGCAGAAGUUCACUCUGGACUGGGCAGAGGGCUUGGAAAACCAAGAUGUCAGUCUGCUGGUUCUGCUUUCGUUCAGGGAGCUGAACCUGAUCAGAGAUGAGCAGUACAGUCUUCUCACGCUGCUCCAUGUUUUCCAUCCAACAUUACAGAAGGUCACAGCAGAGAAGCUGGCUGUCUGUAAAGUUCUGUUCAUCUUUGACGGCCUGGAUGAAAGCAGACUUUCACUGGAUUUCAACAACACCAAGGUUGUGUCUGAUGUCACACAGAAGUCAUCAGUCAACGAGCUGCUGACAAACCUCAUCCAGGGGAAUCUGCUUCCCUCGGCUCUGGUCUGGAUAACUUCCAGACCUGCAGCGGCCAAUCAGAUCCCUCCUGAGUGUGUUGACAGGGUAACAGUAGUACGAGGCUUCACUGACCCACAGAAGGAGGAGUACUUCAGGAGGAGAUCCAGUGAUGAAGAGCUGUCCAACAGAACCAUCUCACACAUCAAGAAAUCUGGGAGCAUCAACAUCAUGUGUCAAAUUCCAGUCUUCUGCUGGAUCACUGCUACAGUUCUGGAGCACAUGUUGACUACAGAGCAGAGAGGAGAGCUGCCCAAGACCAUGACUGACCUGUACUCACACUUCCUGAUGGUUCAGACAAAGAGGAAGAAGAACAAGUACCAUGAGGGACAUGAGACGAGUCCACAGGAGCUGACGGAGGCUGACAGGGAAGUUCUUCUGAAGCUGGGGAGGCUGGCGUUUGAACAACUGGAGAAAGGAAACACCAUGUUCUACCAAGAAGACCUGGAGCAGUGUGGUCUUGAUGUGACAGAGGCCUUGGUGUACUCAGGAGUUUGUACAGAGAUCUUCAAAAGAGAGAGUGUGAUCUUCCAGAAAACAGUCUACUGCUUUGUUCAUCUGAGCAUUCAGGAGUUUCUGGCUGCAGUCUACAUGUUCCACUGUUUCACCAACAGGAACACACAGGUAGUGAAGAAGUUCCUGGGUGAAGAAUACAGAGAGUCUUUUCUUGGGAGGAUUUUUAAGUUUUUUGGAAAAGAUGAUCACCCUUAUCCAUCUCUAGAUGAGUUCCUGAGGAGAGCCAUGGAGAAAUCCCUUCAAAGUAAAACUGGCCACCUGGACCUGUUUGUUCGCUUCCUUCAUGGCCUCUCUCUGGAGUCCAACCAGAGACUCUUAGGAGGUCUGCUGGGUCAGACAGAGAACAGUCCAGAAAUCUUCCAGAGAGUCAUCAACAACCUGAAGGAGAUGAACAGUGAUGACAUCUCUCCUGACAGAAGCAUCAACAUCUUCCACUGUCUGAUGGAAAUGAACGACGACUCAGUUCAUCGGGAGAUCCAAGAGUUCCUGAACUCUUUGACUUCAGGAAUUCUCUUUAAGCCUCAGACUUUAUGGAAGGAACUCUCUGAGAUCCAGUGCUCAGCUCUGGCCUACAUGCUGCAGAUGUCAGAGGAGGUUCUGGAUGAGUUGAACCUGUACUGGUUCAACACAUCUAAGGAGGGACGACAGAGACUGAUGUCAGCUGUGAGGAACUGCAGAAAGGCUCGAUUUACUGGCUCUGGACUCUCAGAGACUCACUGUGAAGUCAUGGCCUCAGCUCUGAAGUCCAACCCCUCCCAUCUGACAGAACUGGACCUGAGCUACAACAAGCUGCAGGAUUCAUCAGUGAAGAUACUGUCCACUGGACUGGAGAGUACAAACUGUAGACUGGAGACUCUGAGACUGGAGUGCAACAGGUUGUCAGAGAUCAGCUGUUCUUCUCUGGCCUCAGCUCUGAAGUCCAACCCCUCCCAUCUGAGAUAUCUGAACCUGAGCUUCAACAACCUGCAGGAUUCAGGAGUGAAGGAGCUGUGUGGUUUUCUGCAGAGUCCAGACUGUAGACUGGAGACUCUGAGGUUGAGGGGCUGCAGUUUGUCAGAGAUCAGCUGUUCUUCUCUGGUCUCAGCUCUGAAGUCCAACCCCUCCCAUCUGAGAGAUCUGGACCUGGGCUUCAACAACCUGCAGGAUUCAGGAGUGAAGGAGCUGUGUGGUCUUCUGCAGAGUCCAGACUGUAGACUGGAGACUCUGGGGUUGGAGGACUGCAGUUUGUCAGAGAUCAGCUGUUCUUCUCUGGCCUUGGCUCUGAAGUCCAACCCCUCCCAUCUGAGAGAACUGGUCCUGAGUCACAACUACCUGCAGGAUUCAGGAGUGAAGGAGCUGUGUGGUUUUCUACAGAGUCCAGACUGUAGACUGGAGACUCUGAGAUUGGAGUGCAACACGUUGUCAAAGAUCAGCUGUUCUUCUCUGACCUCAGCUCUGAAGUCCAACCCCUCCCAUCUGAGAGAUCUGGACCUGAGUCUCAACAGGCUGAAGGAUUCAGGAGUGAAGGAGCUGUGUGGUUUUCUGCAAAGUCCAGACUGUAGGCUGGAGACUCUGAGACUGUGGGGCUGCAGGUUGUCAGAGAUCAGCUGUUCUUCUCUGGCCUCAGCUCUGAAGUCCAACCCCUCCCAUCUGAGAGAACUGGACCUAAGUCACAACAACCUGCAGGAUUCAGGAGUGAAGGAGCUGUGUGGUUUUCUGCAGAGUCCAGACUGUAGACUGGAGACUCUGAGGUUGAGUUGCUGCAGUUUGUCAGAGAUCAGCUGUUCUUCUCUGGUCCCAGCUCUGAAGUCCAACCCCUCCUAUCUGAGAGAUCUGGACCUGAGUGAAAACAGCCUGCAGGAUUCAGGAGUGGAGGAGCUGUGUGGUUUUCUGCAGAGUCCAGACUGUAGACUGGAGACUCUGAGGGUCAACAACAGAGUAAUUAGAGCUUCCAGAGUCGAAACAUGUGACCCUGAUGUUAAGACAGAUGCAAAACCGGACGUGACUGUGGAUGACGUGAAGCCAGAUGCGUUAGAGGACGACACAAAGAAGCUGGAUGCAUCAGAGGACGACACGAAGCUGGAUGCAUCAGAGGAUGACACAAAGAAGCUGGAUGCAUCAGAGGACGACACGAAGCUGAAUGCAUCAGAGGAUGACACAAAGAAGCCAGACAUAUCUGAGGAUGAUGUGAAGCUGAUGAUGCCUCCAUCAAGUUUCACACCUGAACUGCAAACUCAAUCUACACGAGUCUCAUACAGGUUCAGGUGUCCUGGUCCAGGUGGGUUCAGGUGUACUUCAACUGGACUGGUGUUUGUUGUGGCUCAGGAGGUGGAGCUCCUCUACAGGACUGUCCAAUGGGAUGAGAACCAACUCCAGUCAGCUGGCAAGAUGGCUGCAGGGCCUCUGUUUGAUAUCCAGUGUCCUGAGGAUGCUGUCUGUGAGCUCCACCUCCCACACUGCCAAACAAAGGAUGCGCUGCAGGUUGAAGGCCUGCUGUCUGUCGUCCACAAGACUGAUGAUGGAACAGAAAUCUUGGAGCCGUUGGAGAUCACAGACACUCAUGUGGUUGUGAAGGUUCCUCACCUCUCUGCCUUUGGACUGGUCAGAGAUACCAUUAAGUGGUUACUGGGAAUGCCAAUUAACUGUGACGUUCUGCUGUUCCUCCGACCUCCAGUUAGAGGGCCUCCAGCACUCAAUAUAUUUCUGCUGCCGAACAACAUCCCUCUGCCGGAGGUUGAGGCCCAACAAAGAGGUGCAGAAUACAUCACGAUCACCUCUGACUGUGAACUGUAUAUUGGUCAAAGUUACAGUGUCCACUGUGAACCUGAGGACUUAGAAAAACAGCCUGAGCGUGCAAAGUUCCGCUCACAUUAUGGACCAAAUUACUUUCCAACGUUUGAGGUUUUCCUGAUUUCGAAUCCAAAGAAAGUGACUUUGAUGGUCCAAGACCCAGAGAAGACAGAAGUCUGGAAACGUAAUAUUCAUCUGACAGGUCCUGGUCCAGCAGGGAGACCGACCACCCCAACAGGGACUCUGAGUGUCCCAGCAGAAAAGAUGCUGAGUUUUGUUCGGACUCAGUUUAUCAGCAGAGUGUCUGAACCUGUUCUACGUAAGCUGCUGGAUAAACUCCUGGAACGUGGGGUGAUAACUGAUGAUGAGAUGGAUUUAGCUGGAACAGCGAGCAGGGCAGACAAAGCUCGAGCGGUGAUCGACACGGUGAGAAGAAAAGGAUCAGAGGCCAGUUCAGCUCUGAUCUCUGCUCUCUGUGAGGAGGAUCGAUGCCUUUCAACAGAACUGAACUUAACGUGAAGCAGGAACAGUGUGUAUCAGGCUGACUCAGAUUCAGAUUCAUACAUUCAUGUUUCUUUCUGACACCAAUAUGCCUGUAGUUGUUCUACUUUUAUGUUAAACUUUUUCUUCAUUUAAGAACAUUUUGGCGAAACCUUAAAGCUCACACGAAACAUGAAUCAGGGUCACCUGUAUUCUACUUAUUCAAUGUAUUUUGCCAGGAAGUAAAUUAUAUAUUGCUUUGUAUAUUAUUAAUGCAUUCUUAAAUUCACACUAGAUCCAUGAACUUCAGGCAUGUGUCUGUAAAAUCAGUAUUUUCGCAUGCUCAUGAAUUGUAUUGUUUACUAACAAUGGCAGAUGAUGUCAGUGACUUUGAUAAAAAUAAAUGAUUGAAUUCUCUCAUUCAAUAAUUUGGAAACAAGAAAUA